ACUCGCAGUUCACGUGCGACGGCGAUCACACAAACUGCGUCGAUAAAUCGUCCGAGAAGGAGCCGGCGGCCGAAUGCACGUGCGACGAAGGCUACGAAAAACUGCAACCGACAGACGUGCACUGCGUCCCUAUGGCGCCACCGACUCCAUCAACCGACACGCCCAUCAUUCGCGUUGUCAAGACAACGGCCCAGGUUGUCACUAAAGGAGGAAGCUCAUUCUUCAUGAGCAUGCUCAUCAUGAGUCUUCUCGCCUUCUUGGCCAUCUGGAACUUUAGCCCGCAUCGCAUCAUUCACAUGAACAUGGAGAUUUCCUUGCUGAUGGCCCACCUGCUGCUGUUCAUCGGAGAUCCGGCACAACCGGAGCUCUGCAAAGCCGUGUCGAUCUUGCUACACUACUUCUUCACGGCUUCGUUCGCCUUCAUGUUUCUCGAGGGACUUCACAUCUACUCGCUGAUGGCGCAGAUAGUGCCACGCAACGGCAUAUUGAACCGUGCCGAAAACACGCUGCUCGGCUGGUGUGACUGCUGGCUCGACGUGUCAUCGCCGCUCGUCGUGACGGCGUUCGUUCCAAACGGCAUCAUGAUCGUCUGCGCUCUGAUCCUGCUUGAAAGCAGCGGCACGGCAAACUUCCGGCAGCUUGACGACGUCGACAGACCCCAGCUCCUGAGUGCCCAGAUCAACCAGAAGGCGAACAUGGUCAUUCUGCCGAUGAUGUCCAUCUCCUGGGUGCUGGGCGUGAUGGGAUACGAUUACCAGGAUCUCUCCCUGUUCUCCCUAUUCGGAGUGUUUUGUUCGAUCACGGGAUGGAUGAUGUUUAGCAGUCAUUCGCUGGGCAACGAAAAGGUGCGAGCGAUAUUCCAGCAGCUUUGGUUUAAGGUGAUCAGCUGCUUCUGUCCACGAAAGGCAAGAAACAUGAACAAGAUUUACGAGGAUGAGUUUGACAUGAACGAUGACGUGUGGGCCGUCGCGCCAGGAAGCAAAAUGAAACACUUGUGGUGAAAGGGCUGCGAAGAUGCGAGCCGACAGAGCAAAGGUACACCCGGAUGAGGUCUAUGGACUAGACGAUGAGUCAGAGGCCUUCAUCUACAAUCGCAACCGCAUGAAGAUGCUGUGGUAACCAUGGUUACGCAUUGGCGGACGCGCACGACGUUGAAAACUCUGUGGUAAUCGGUGCGACAUCUAGACGGUGAAAUAGAAGCAAAGAACGUAUAUAAUAGCAUAUAUCGUAUACCGUCUAGACGCAUUAUAUACGGUCUUUGAUAGAAGCGGGAAUAUGGCGUCGUAUUAAUUGAUUUUUUUCUUCAUAUAUGCUCGGAUCUUUGAUAUAUCUUUCUCAUAAUUCUAUGCAUUACUGCUAGACUCUGAACCAGACUUUUCCCAUCAUCAUCUAUCAGUAGCUAUACACUCAUAUACAUCAAUGUUAAGAUGAUAAGACAAGUGUACCUGGGUAAAUUAAAGGGAGCUAGUGGCCGCUCCGCUGGCUCUUAUAGUUAUUCCACCUAUUGGUUAGACUGGCACCUACCGUUUACUAAAGAUAAAAACAACACGAAGCAAGUUUAAUAAUACCACGUAUAGCACUCGGUGUAAAAAGAACACAUUUGUUAGCCACAUGGUAAUACUGCACAUCAACUACAAAAGCACAACAUUUCUCUCACAUUAAAAAGACGCUUAGCAAAAUUACGCGCUGGUCAUCGGCACCAGUAUAGGGAUGCCUAUUAGCUACCCGUGAUCGUAUGUGUGGUUACGCGUGAGUGUGUGUAGUACACCCUUGCUAGCGUCUAAGUGAGUACAGAUAAUAAUAGACUAUAACGAAUAGUAUGAACGUAUUCAUGAAUCUCUUUAAUAGCGUAUACUUAUAACUAGCAGGUACGCGACUCGCGAGUAACCUCACAUAACUUACGAGGUUUAGGCUGUGCAGUAGCUGUCUUUAAACAAUAUCGUUUAUCUGUAGUUGGUAUAACACUAUCGCUCUGUUCUCUCUCUCUGGUCGAACACGCGGUUAUAUACUGACAUAUAGCUAGACACGCCCACCUAUUGUUUCUAGUCCGUCCGCGUACUACAUGCUUGUCAAUAAUUGGCUCAUUCUACCCUGUCCCGUGUCCUGUCUAUUCCCGCGUUACAACUUUAGACAGCUGGCCAUGCAUGUAUGCCAAACCAGAACAAUAGGUUAUUCCUAUCUAUUUACUUAUGUGUCAUUCGACGGUAUUACAAGUGCUAGUACUUAGUAGUAGGCCUAUAGUAGUAGUAAUAGUAGGGCCUACUAUUAAUUAUUGUAACAUAUACUUGUAGUAAUAGAAGUAUUCGUAGGUGUGCAUAGAAUUGUAUGACCCUGAGUGAAGACGUGUGUAAACACAAUUUCUUGUGUAGUCGAGUAAACAGUGUGUCGCCAUGCUCUCUAUCCUUGUACCGAACUGCAUGUCAAGCAGGUACGAGUCUGACUCUAUGUCAGGGGCGUAAAUCCGUACCGAGGAGUGGGGGGGAUGAUCGGCGAUAGCCGGGGGCGAAAUUAA